AUGUCAAUAGAGAAGACAGCAGUACGUGAUGAGGACAUGUCAAUAGAGAAGACAGCAGUACGUGAUGAGGACAUGUCAGCUGAGAAUACAGCAGUACGUGAUGAGGACAUGUCAGCUGAGAAUACAGCAGUACGUGAUGAGGACAUGUCAAUAGAGAAGACAGCAGUACGUGAUGAGGACAUGUCAAUAGACCAUACAGCAGUAGGUGAUGAGGACAUGUCAAUAGAGAAGACAGCAGUACGUGAUGAGGACAUGUCAACAGAGAAGACAGCAGUACGUGAUGACAAUAAGUCAGCAGAGAAGACAGCAGUAGGUGAUGAGGAUAAGUCAGCAGAGAAGAAAGCAGUACAUGGUGAGGACAUGUCAGCAGAUAAGACAGCAGUACGUGAUGAGGAUAUGUCAACAGAGAAGUCAACUGUAUGGAAUGAAUUGACAAGAGAAAUGUCAAGUGCGUGUGAUCAGAGAUUUUUCAAAGAAAAGACAACUGCAUUUGAUGAAGUUUUGUCUAAGGAGAUGUCAUCAGUGUGUGUUAUUGAGUCAUUUGAAAAGACACUGAUAUUCAAUGAAGAAUUAUCAGAAAAGAAGUUGACUGCAUGUGAUGAGAUAUCAGGAUAUAUGUCAACUCCAUUUGAUAAGGAAUUUUCCAAAGAAAAUGCAACUAAAUUUGAGGAACAGUUGUCAAUGAUGUUACCGCCAUAUGGGGAAAAAUUGUCAGGAGAGAAGGAAACUGCAUGUUAUGAAGAGUUGCUGACAAAGAAGGCAGGUGUACAUGAUGAAAAAUUGUCGCAAGAGUUGUCAACAUCAUGUGAUGAGGACUUGUCAGAAGAGAAUUCAAUUGUAGGUGAUGAAAAAUUAUCAGGAGGAAAGGCAAUUGUAUUUGAUGAAGAUUUGUCUGCAGAAACAUUAACAGAUUGUGAUGAGAAUUUGCUAGAGGAGAAAGUACCAUGUAAUUUAGAUUUGUCAGGAGAGAGAUCCUGUGUGUGUGAUGAAAAUGUUGUUGUACCAGUCAGCCAAAAACAAGAAUUAUCUAAGGAUCAGGAAAAAACAUUGAAGCCUUUGAUUGAGGAUGAUUACAUCAAACAUGAUGAUGAUGAUGAUGAUGAUGAUGGUUGGUUUGGUCCACGGAAACUGUUCUUUUUCCAUAUAGAUUAUUUUAAGGCUGCUGGAAAAGAUUUCUGCUAACAAGAAAGAAAAGAAAGACAUUUUUUUAGAUAUAAAAACCCUUGUUUCUAAGGAAAAAAUA